UGACAUUAUCACGUUUAACCCUGUCAAAUUCUGUCGGUACAAAUGUCUAAAUGAGCUUGCGGUGUGAGGAUAUUUUAUUGAAGAGAAAAAAAAACGAGAAAAAUGAUCAAGACACUCGCAUUCGCAUUGAAUCCCAUUCGUGCAAUUAUACAACAACAGCCCAGAGUACUGCUGUCUUCAGUCCAUAAAAUUUCAAGUCCAUCAACAGAAAGCACAAAUGCCGCAUUGACAAACAAUGACAAUCAACAGCAGCAAGAUGAACCGGACAAAUUAUACAAAAAAUUAGAAAUCGAACUGAAGGGAAUAGAUCCGGCAGUGUUGAAGAGUUACACUUGGUUUGCAACGACAGCGGCACAGAAUUUGGGUGUCGAAGUGGGAAAAUGCUGGUCACUGCGUAAAUCGGAAAAGAAACGUAUGACACUGCUAAAAUCGGUGUUCAUCUACAAGAAACAUCGUGUCCAAUACGAAAUUCGUGCGUACUAUCGAUUCAUGCACUUCCAUCGCUUGACCGGAUCGACGCUGGACACAUUCUUGGAGUAUAUUCAACGAAAUCUGCCGGAAGGUGUCGCAAUGAAAGCGACCAAAAUCGAAGUUCAACCGCUGCCGGAUCAUUUGAAGGAACCGCCGGCUAGUGUGUAACGGUAGAUGUUUUGAGAUUUUUUUUUUAGAAAAUACAAAGAAUCAGUCGACAGUAACGCAGACGGAA